AUAUAUAAAAGCCUAUAAAGGAAAAGAAGAAAGAAUUUAGUGCAGAACAAAACCAAGAUAUCGUGAACAUUAUUUGUUACCUCCAGAGAGAAUUCGUGUACAUUGGAUACGUGGUUUAUAUGUAUGUCGUGUAGUAGCGCUUUACAUACGCGAAUCAACUAAAAUCAUUUUAUGAUUCCUCUCGUUCUUCUAUACGUAUCUAAAAAAAUUACGUAUAGUUUCAUAAUACAAAAAGCAUAAACUCUGCCAGUCGAUAUCAUAUUAUGGACUUAUGGACAACACCAAAGCAUUUUUUAUAUUAGAACAGUUUACGAGGAAGAUAAACAUGAAACUGUAAACAAGAACAUCUAAGUUUAUCAUUAUUUUAGUAUUAUUGGCUAAUGGAAUAAGAAUUUUAGGCCAAAAAGGAAGAAGAAUAAAUGCAAAAUGAUGUUAAAUAAAUUAAAUAGGCUGCUAGCUACCACCAAUCAUUAUAGGAAUUUUUAUUUUCCCAGCAAAGGACUCUUCUAUUGGCUAACCAUAAUAUUCAACAAAGUUGAUCAAGACAGAAUUAAGUUAGUUGGUCCAGACCGUGCCUGUGCCGAAUGGCUUUUGAGAAAUGGUGCCAGUGUUCGGUGGAAAGGUUUCACAAAAUAUCUGAGUGAUUACAAUAGUUUGUCAACAGAAGAAACUCGAUAUUAUAUACAAGCUGUAGAUGCCACAGAUUCUGGUAUUACUGAUGUAGGAUUUCCACAUUUUGAUGGUUGCAAGUAUAUUGAUGAAAUAAAACUUAUACGUUGUAUUUAUAUAACUGACACCGCCUUACCAUUAUUAUCAAUAGUGAAGGAUACUUUAACCACUCUCGAAAUUAGAGAUUGUCAGAGUGUAACCGACGAAGGAGUACGCAGCUUGAAAAACUUGAAAAAUUUGAAGACAUUGAAACUAGCUGGUAUGCCAUAUUUAGACGAUAAAGCUUUGCUGAGAAAAGAACUUACAACAGCCUUACCAGAUUGUGCAAUAGAAUUUAAAUAAAUUAUAUAAGUCAUAUAUAUAUAUAUAUAUAUAUAUAUAUAUAUAUAUAUAUAUAUAUAUAUAUAUAUAUAUAACUUUUAAUUUAUUCUCGUAUGAUAUAUCUUACUAAAACCGUGAUGUAAAUGGCACAUGUGCUAUAGCUGUCAAACAUUAUUAUCCUCCCAACAUUUACUAAAAUAUUCACUCCAACGUCAGCGUUUGACUCUUAUUUGCUAAAAAAUAUAUUUAAUUUAGUUGGAUAUUUUGAGAGCCUAUGUUUAUAGACACGUGAUGAUUGUUUCAUUGCCGCGGCAUAGUUUGCAUCAUGCUUGUUGUUUGAGACUGUCAAAAUAUUGAUGUAAAUUUUAGUAGUUAAAUAUUUUUCAAAUUUAGUUUUGAAGAAAAAAUAUUCAAAUGCUCUGACUGUAUAUUUUCUGAUAAUAAUUCUUUAAUUGCUUACAAAUGUUUAAUGAUUAUAUUUUCUGUAGUCAGCGUGAACAUAUAUUUGAAACAGGUUUGUAACAAUAUUUAUAUAGAACAUUUUCUGUACACAAAAUCAUCCUGAAUAUGUCUAGGUUUGGAAGUACCUUAAGACAUUC